AUAUCGGCUAUGCAGGAUCUGUUCGAAGUGUUUUGCGUAUUUGCAGUGUGUGAAUUUUAUUUUGAUCUCUCAUUUUAAGUCAGGUCUGGUCCGGUACCGUUUUGUCAGAUCAGCUUUCAAUUUCGGAUCCUCAUCCUGUUGACCACACCGGUUAGUAAGUAAUUAGAAGAAUGCCUCGUGAGCCAUGUCUGCUGCACAUCCAAGAUAAGGAGGCAAGCGCGAAGAUCGCUCUGUGAAUAGUAUCGGAAAGCAACGGAUUCGUAAGCACACACAAGAAAAAAUGCAAAUGCCCACCCCGACGCCCGGUCCGGCCGGCGGCAGCCAGCAGGCGGGCGGCAGCAGUUCGUCCACGUUGCCCUCCCUUUCCCGUUGCGAAACGGUUGAUCUGGCCAGGCUGCAGCAGCUACAGCGGGUCGCGAUUUUUGAUUUGCUGGACGAGUUUUCGGGUCGGAAGAUCUUGGCGCUGGACGAGUCUCUAAUCCGCGCACUGGACUUGAUCGUGGAGGUGCAAGAUUUGGUCGAACACGGCGCGGAAGUGAGAAAAUUAUCCCCGGACCCGAUCGUGUCCGACGCCCCGCAGAUGAUUUUCCUGGUUCGGUCCUUGUCCUUCCAGCUCGCGGAGUGGAUCGCCGCGCAAAUUCAACGGGACGAGCAAAGCCACCAGAUGCGCGGCGUGGCGGAGCGGACGUACGUGCUCGCGUUUGUGCCAAGACUCUCCCACACGAGCGUCCAGAUCCUGCAGGAGAAGAACGUGUACGAAAGCAUUCACUUCCUCCGCGAACUCCCGCAACUCUCCAUGUUUGCGAUCGACGACGACUUGCUCAGCAUGGAGAUGGCGGACAUCUUCGGGGACUACCAUUUGGCGCAGGACCCGAGCUCGCUGUACGAGGUGGCGUUGGCGCUGCACCAAUGGGAAACGAGUUUUUUCCCCCAAGGAUUCAAGCCGAAGAUUUCCAGUGUGGGGCGCGCGGCCAAGUACGUGACGGACGUUUUGUGCUCUGGCAGGCUGUCCGCCGGAUCGGGUGGAUCUUCGAAGAAUGCUGCGGGGGGAGCUGCGCACGACAUCAACCAGUCGCCCGAGGGAGCAGCCGGGUCCGGUGGAUGCGGGUAUUUGAAACCACCAGAACCUUCGCAGCUGGGCAUACCGACAGUGAUCGAUUUUUCGAGCAGAACCAGCUUGAACAAACGACGGCAGCAGGCGGGGGCGGCGUUGAGUGAAUUGAAAGGGAACAACAACUCCAUCGAUCAGAUUGUGCUCAUCGACCGGAAGACGGAUCUGACGUCGCUGCUCUGCAGUCAAUUCACCUACGAAGCGCUGAUUGACCAAGAGUUCGGAAUUUCCACCACAAAAACACAGUUGCCGUCGAACGUAGUGGGGACCGAGGUAAGUACAUUUGAACGGUCUGUCAGUGUCAGCCGCUCGUCGUGUUUUACACCCGAUUCGGUUUUACUAACUUGAAGCAUAAGCUGGUCGUUGAGGUAAAUUGAAAAAAUUCGCAGGUCGGCGUGGGCGGCCCGAACAGCACGCGCGCGGUUCGUCUCGGAAACGACGAUCCCCUCUUCCGCGACGUGCGCUACUGCCACGUUUCGCAGCUCGGGCCGUUGCUGCACAAGCGAACCCUGAAGAUGCAAGAAAUCGAAGCCGAGAAGGACAGCAUACAGACGGUGCAGGACAUGCAGGGAUUCAUGGUAAAUACGCCUUCUGCUUGCCUAUUGGAAUUAUGACAUCAGGCGAUUAAUUUGAACAAUUGUAUGGCGAUCCAGAUUUUGAACUUUUUAUCAGGUGAAACUGAAAGCUUUGACUCUCGAGAAGCCACUACUCUCCGCCCACGUCAACCUUGCCGCGUUUCUGAACGAGAGCAAGGGACAACCUGAUUUCCAGCGGGAGUGGAAGCUCGAGGACGCGAUCACGAGCUGCUCUGAUACGUCCGGCCGCGCUCUGACGGGGAUUGAGGAGGGCAUGGACAGCGGCUGGCCACUACGGACCGUUUUAAGGCUGUUGUGCCUGUACUGCGAGGUGUACCAAGGAUUGCCCAGCACCAACAGCUUUGAGCAGCUGAAACGCGGGAUUUUGCAGGUCUACGGGUACGAAGUGCUGCCUUUAUUGCAAAAUUUAGAAGCAACCGGGUUGCUAACCGGACCAAGGAAAAACGCCACGGACCACAAACGGAAUUGGAGCCAGAUUAAAAAGGACUUCUCCCUCGUCGUUGACGACCAGAACGGGGAGGCAGACGCGUUCAGCUACGCAUACAGUAAUGCGUUUUAGUUGCUUUGUUUUUUUUAUCAGAAUGUAGUCGGAGAACGUGAACGUUGUUGAACGCAGUAUUGGUUGAUUUCGGAAGACGACUACAGGAACGACCAAAAAUCAAUACGCGUUUUAUGUACAGGUGGCUACGCGCCCCUUUCUGUGCGGCUAAUUCAGAAGCUCGGGUGGCGAGGCAGUAUAUCGGACAGCAUGGCGCUCCUAGCUGGCCCUGUUUGCGAAGCCGAGCGCUUGCCGAAGAAGACGAAGGACAAGGAACAAAAGCAGAAAACGAUCUUCGUGUUUUUCAUAGGUACUUAUAUCCGUUGACUUUUCUCGGUAUCUUGUGCCUGUUUUCCUUUCUAAAAGAGAAGCAUCUUCGGCACAAAAACAAAAAGUUCAUCCCUAGCUGUCUACCAAUUCCAUCAGGUGGCGUUACGUACGGUGAAAUAGCGGCGCUGCGCAAACUUUCUGAAAUGGAAAAAGGCGAGCGGAAGUUUUUAAUCGGGGCAACGAGCUUUACGUCGCCAGAAAAACUUUUUCGCAGCUUGGAGCCAGCGGCUUUACACCAAAAUCUCGUCCCCGCACUGCCGCAGGACCAAGUAGACAAAUCACGGGGCCAAAGGACCGCUUCCGAGGAGCGCGGUGGUUCGGGUGUGCUCGGAGCACUGCCCGGACGGAGUUGGUUCGGCUUAGGGUGAAACGUUUGAAGAUAGGAAGCGACUAAGACCAACCAGCGCUGAGCGGCUAUAGCGAGCACGUAGAGCAGCAGAUUACGCAAGUAGUGAAAACAAGUUCCAAAGAACACGACAUUGAUAUAUGUGCUUUAUUGCUUGGUUUCGCUACUUUCAAACGGGCCGCGCCCGGGCACAUGAAGAAAGAAAGAAGACAAUAAAGAGAAAGAAACACACAAUCUUACUUUGCUGAUGUUGCCUAUUGGCGAUUGACUUGUUUAGAAGGC